UCAGAACACGGGGGGUAGUCGGGCUGGGGGAACCCGGCUCUGCCCAGAUGCCGCCGCCCAGCCCCCCGGCGCCCCUCCCCAUGGCAGAGGAGACCUUCCCGUUCACCUCCUCCACGCGGCGGGCUCUCCGGCUCCAGCGGGAAUGGCUGGAGUGGGAGGACCGGCGGCGGGCCGCGGCCCAGCAGUGCCACAGCCAAAGGUGCCCCCCCAGUGCCCAGGCCCGCCUCACCAGGCCGCGCCGCUGCUGCCGAGACCCAGCCGUGCACAACGCUCUGUUCUCCGGUGACCUGCGCCAGGUCCAAGCCCUGUUCCAAAAGGAAGACGCUGCCAACAUGAUUGUGGAGACUGUGAGCAACCAGCUGGCCUGGUCAGCUGAACAGGGGUUCUGGGUGCUGAGCCCCAAGACGAAGCAGACGGCGCCCCUCACCAUUGCUGCUGCCCGAGGCUACAUUGACUGUGCCCGCCACCUGAUCCGGCAGGGAGCUGAGCUGGAUGCCCGGGUUGGGGGCCGGGCAGCCUUGCAUGAGGCCUGUGCCCGGGCCCAGUCUGACUGUGUGCAGCUGCUGCUGACCUUCGGUGCCAAGGCCAACGUGUUGUCUGAGGAGGGCACAACCCCCUUGCACCUCUGCACAGCCCCCGAGUCCUUGCAGUGCGCCAAGCUGCUGCUGGAGUCGGGAGCGACCGUGAACGUGGCGGCGCAGGAUAGCGAGGUGACACCCCUGCAUGUGGCGGCGGCUCGCGGCCUGGAGGAGCACGUGGCUCUCUACCUGGAGCACGGAGCCAACGUGCACCUGCGCACCAGCCAGGGCGAGACGGCCCUGAACGCGGCGUGCGCGGGGGCCGAGGGCCCGGGCAGUGGCCGGCGGCACCAGGAGGCAGCGCGCCGGCUCCUAUCGGCCGGGGCUGAUGCCCGCGCUGCCGGCCGCAAGCGCCACACGCCGCUGCACAACGCCUGUGCCAACGGCUGCGGGGCCCUGGCCGAGCUGCUGCUGCGCCACGGCGCCUGCGCUGGAGUGCCCAACGCGGCGGGCCACACCCCCAUGGACUGCGCGCUGCAGGCGGUCCGGGACGCCCCCAGCUGGGAGCCCGAGGGCCUCUUGGCAGCGCUGCUGGACUACGGGGCCCAGCCUGUGCGCCCUGAGAUGCUGAAACACUGUGCCAACUUCCCUCGGGCCCUGGAAGUCCUGCUUAAUGCCUACCCUUGUGUCCCCUCCUGUGAUACCUGGGUGGAGGCAGUACUCCCAGAGCUGUGGCAGGAGCACGAAGCCUUCUACAUCUCGGCCCUGAGCAUGGUGAACCAGCCGAGGCGGCUGCAGCACCUGGCCCGGCUGGCUGUGCGUGAUCAGCUGGGUAGCCGCUGCCGACAGGCCGCCGCUCACCUCCCGCUGCCCCCGGUCCUCAGGGACUACCUGCUGCUGCGUGUGGAGGGGCGGAUCCAGUGAGCCCCAUGCCAGGGUGCUCCCGGAGCUGUUUCUGUCCCCUCCAUCAGUCGUCUCCCUACAACCCCGGAGGACCAAUCCCUGGCUCUCUUGUC